AUGAGGAGAUACGAUCCUGCUAUGCUACACCCUUUGCAACUSUCCAGCAACUCGUUUUGCAGUGAAGUUAAUGCUGCUUAUGUUUUCYAGAAUCGCGUUGAUAGCUCGGCAGGUGGAAGGUUCGAGGUUGUUUUACAACAAUUCAAGAACCCGGUUGGUAAAGAUUGGAACGGUGCUUGCUGUGAUUGGCCAGCAUGCUCAUCAUGCGAUACUUACUUUAAAGUCUGUUUAACAUCAUCACCUAACCCCUCCAGUAUGACUGGCUGUCUAGCUAACUCCAAAAGUGGAACAACGACAAAAAACACUUUUUCAUUGAACUUUAAAGUUUCUUCUACUUUUACUUCAAAAACGCAAGACUUUGGAAUCUAUAUCGAGGUAUUGGACGACGAUACGACUAGCAAUGACGAUCUAAUAGACAAGUAUUCCACAACAAUUGACACUUUUCCAUCACAAAACAACACCAUGAAAAAUUACAAUCGGACUUUGACGGGACAGAGAGUCUUAAACAAAUCAACGUUGAAAAUAUCGUUUACGAUAUUUUGCCAUGCAUAUUAUUAUGGACGUGGCUGCGAUAUUUAUUGUAAAUAURCUGAURAUGYUACAGGUCACUACACCUGUAACAAUAAUGGGACAAAGCACUGUUUAAAUGACUGGUAUGGACCGUCUUGUACUCAUUAUUGCUCAUCUCGCAAUGAUUCAUUCGGACAUUACUACUGCAAUGAUACAGGAAGUAAAGUGUGUCAUCAACAUUGGUUUGGAAAAGAUUGUUUAGUGUGGUGCUUUCCUGGAAACAGUUCAAACAACGGAUACUAUAGUUGCCUUGGUGAUGGUACCAUAUCCUGUCUGGACGACUGGUAURGUUCAAACUGUACAACGUACUGUAAAGCAAAAGAUGAUCAUCAAGGAAACUAUACAUGUACCAACAUCGGUAAAAAAGUGUGUGGUAUGCAUUGGUUUGGAAAAGACUGCAGCAUACAUUGUAGAACGUCAGGCGAAUUCACACACUUCACGUGCCAUAACGAAACUGGACAAAAAUUAUGCCAUAGAAAUUGGUAUGGUAUCUCAUGUACCAUCUACUGUACACCAACCAAUGACACCUCUGGACAUUACACCUGUCAUCCAACCAAUGGUAGUAAGAUAUGUCAUAAAGAUUGGUAUGGUAUCACUUUUCUCUUCUAA